AUGCAUCAUCACUAUAAUGUAAUUGCAGCCUCCUCGCUGCACUACAGUACAGCUGGCUUCCAAAAUGCCUGCUCACGCCUGUGCAUCAGACAAUCCGGCCUGCGGUUACGUCGCACGAAAUGCAACAGCGAUACCAGGCCAAGCGUGCUGCUGCCGCAACUUCAGGAAAGCGAGAAACAAUUCUUCGAUAUUGUUAACAGCGGAAGCGUUGCAGAGGUGAGAAAUUUCUUGGCCGGAAACGAGUGCUUCAACAUCAAUUGUGUGAACUUUCAGGGUUUUUCCGCUCUGCACAUAGCGAUCCAUUCGAAAAAUUUGCCAAUGCUGGAGUACCUGCUCUCAUUGCCAAACAUAGACAUCGGCGACACAGCCUUACACGCGGUACGGAUAAACGAAGAACGAAUGGUCGUCAUGAUCCUGGAUCGUAUGCAGACGGUAGCUUCGAGUCUGGAAUUCGCAGGAACCACCCACAGCUCGGACUUUCUCGAUGAAACGACACCCUUAGCGGUAGCAGCUCAUUACGGGCACUACGAAAUCAUAAGACUCCUCCUGGACCGAGGACAUUUCCUUAACAGGCCGCAUCGACCCAGCUGCUACUGCGAUGAAGUUUGCAAACCUCAGCGAGCGAGCGAAGACACGUUGACCAUGGACAAGAUGCGCCUUUUUCUUUACACGGCUGUGGCGAAUCCAUCGUAUAUUUGUCUGACUUCCGAGGAUCCGAUUCUCAUAGCUUUUGAACUAGCUGUAGAACUGAAGGAAGCCGCAGAAUACGACCGUGUAUUUUACAUACCUUACCAACAACUCUCGCACGUAAGUUACACGUUUAUAAAUCACUGUCUUCCGAUCGAAACCGUGCGAGUUUAUGGAAGCAGUGUACGAGUACAUCUUCAAGUAACCGAAUACCUACCUAGAAAUUUCGAUCGGUUAAGAAACGAGGUAGUUACCUUCGCAACGGAAUUAAUUGGGUGUGCCCGUACCACUGAAGAAAUCGAGAUGAUACUGAAGCAGUCGGCGGGGUUGAGUUUGUCCACAAAAUUCGUAUACCCUCGUCUAGUUCUGGCGAUGGAUUUCAAGAUCAAACCCUUUGUCGCUCAUCCGAACGUACAGCAGCUAAUGGAAACAAGAUGGCAGGAUGAUUGGUACGAGUGGAGGCUACGAUCUAUUCCAUUGAAGGUACUGUCGAUAGCUCCGAGAAUCGUGAUGCUGCCAGUAAUCGUCUUUUGGACACUACUGGCCCCGAACUCUCCUAGGGCGAUGCACUGGUCGAUUCCGGUCAAUAAGUUUCUAUCAUUCGCCGCAAGCUAUACAGUUUUUUUGUUCUUUGUCUACGUAGUGUCCAAUAUCGAUAAAACUAAUCAAUUGCGAGGACCACCAGACAGCGGGUUCGAGGUUAUCCUGGUGAUAUACGUCAUGGCUUAUAUUUGGGGCGCCCUAAGAUUAUGCAUGAUUCACGGUCCAAAGCGAUAUUUCAGAACCCCGUGGAACUGGUACGAGGUCAUAAUGCUCGUGCUAUUUGCGCUCACCUUUUUAUUCUGGGGUGCUGCGAUGCUUGACGUUCAGCAAAACGGACAAAGGGAUCUUGAACGAAAGUAUUGGAACCAGUACGAUCCGACGUUGAUUGCAGAAGGCACGUACUGCAUUGCAACCAUCAUGGCUUUCUUCAAGUUGCUAUUCGUCUGCCAAUUGGAUCAUGUUCUCGGCCCUUUACAGAUGUCACUUGUUAAAAUGAUAAACGACGUUACAAAAUUCAUCGCAAUAUUCACCAUUAUUAUCUUCUCGUUCACAGCUGGGCUGGUCCGCUUGUAUCAGUACUACGAAGGGAUGGUGCAGGUGGACGACGUUACGAAAUUGAAAACUCAGCAGGUCAAUUCGUUCGUCAAUUUCUCAGCAACUUUGAAGACGCUUUUUUGGGCAAUCUUCUGCAUGAGUCCCAUUGAGAGUGCAGAUAUCGUGAUUGAAAACCUACCCGGUGAAGCAGAAUCGAAAACUAUCAUCAACGAUCACAAAUUCACCCAAGCUGUCGGUUACGUUGCAUUCGCCUUGUUCGAGUUCAUCUCUGUAAUCGUCGUGUUGAACAUGCUCAUCGCUUGCAUGUCGAACACCUUUACCAAGAUAACAGACAAUGUUUCGGUUGAAUGGAUGUUUGGUCGAACUGAGGUAUACAUCGACUUCAUGACGCAAACGUCAUUGCCGGCACCGUUCAACUUGAUUCCAACAGCUUCAGCCUUCAACGGCAUAGCGGAGUUCAUCAAGGCGUGGAUCAAACCGACGCCAGAAAAAAAAGCUCGAUGGAACUUGAAGCAUUGCUGCUAUGUGGAAAGUCUCUUAGAAGAUACCAGUGAGGAUUUUUCCAUCAUCAUGAGUCAGCUGGUUCAACGUUAUUUCCGCAAGAAGGAUACUGAAAUUGGAGAAGCGGCGGUUGAGCCCAUCCAAAAAGAGCUUGUCGAACUAAGAAGCCUUCUUCGCGAAGCUCUUUCGCCAGCCUGAACAAUUUUCUGUGGCUUUUAGAAAUUACUUAAACUUAACGGCAGAAGAGCAAUAAGAAGAGAAGUGUUUGAACCGACCGGCCAAAAUAAUUUGGAUCACAUUUACUCAAAAUCAGAGGACCAAUUCAGCUGAUCCUGAGAGGAAACCAAGUGUCUUACCAAUUUAUUGACAAGUUUUUCGCUCUCUCCGGAAAAAUUAUUCGAGAGCUCGAUCUGACAACAGGGGUGGAUAGGACAAUUUGAAGAAAAAUAAAUAAAACCAAGUAAUCAUUCAAUUAAAACAUUUGCCGGCAAUACGCUUCCAAUUAAAAUAACGCGUCAAAGGUUGCAUAACCCGACAAACUAAUUAUAUUCCAGGGUACGUACUGCCCUUCAAAUUCAAUUAAGCCCACAACUGCCCAAGUUUGCACCAAGUGAAUUCUGUGUAGAACCGAGCGGAGAAUGAAAUAACAAACCAACGAUAUUGUAAUAAACCAGUACGUAACAGUUGUACAUUCAAUUUUUGAAACCGACAAAAUAAAAAAGUUACACUUUCAAAUUAAACUUGAAUAAUACUACAUAGUACCAAAUAAAUAU